AAACUUUUCAGUCAUCUAUGAGCGCUUUCGAGUUGUGUAUCGCUUUUUUUCGCGUUUUCGCCUAUUUCGCAGAAGAAAAUUUUUCACGGUUUCGCAAGUGUCGGUCGCCCUAUUCCUGGUUUUAGUGUGUGCUUCUUACAUCAGAGUUCGUCCAAGACGAAGAGUGGCUGUUUUUUUUGUGAUACGGGGAAAAAGAUCGCCUGUAAGAGUUGAAGACACGUUAAUCCUGUCUUUUCUCCAUCGCCCUAUCCGAAGCUCGGCUCGGCAAUUUUGGAAGAACUUGCCUGGUUGGCACCAAUCGUCGCUAUACUCCCAACAAGCGGCCAACGCCUGUGUGUGUAUUUGCUGCGCGCAAUCUGACCGAUCUUGAUCGGUUCGGGGCUACGGACGGGCCAACGACAUCCCAGCAACUUGGAACACCAGUACAACCAGUAUUCGUGAAAGGUGUGAUAUUCGACUAGCCCUAGAGUGUGUUGUGCAAAAAAAAAAAACCCCGGCCUGAACAGCUGAGCAAGGCACGAUCGAGUUGAAGAAGAAACGUGUGUCGACGGCGCAUCCCACUGUGACAGGUGGUGAUCGUGUUCAACAGCAGCAGUAAUUUUGUCGUGCUCGCGCGCGUGUGUGUGAGAGAAAAGCAAAAGAAAUAAUACCAGUCAAAAAGUGAGUACCGCAAAGCGUACUGAAGCCUAAAGUCCCACAACUGUGCUCUAUCCUGUGUCUCUGUGUUUCCUCACCAUAUUUGGUGCAAUAAUACUCGCGAAGAGAAAUUUAAGUGAUCCUACGUGCUAUCUCUGUUUCCUUCCGGAAUCUCGUUUGUCUCGCACCGGUCUAGGUGGCCAAGUUUCGAGCCAAUACCGCAGUUGUGUCGUGUCGUGUUCUUCGCGUACACUUAGGCUAAGCAGUGAUUCGAGCGGGAGAAGAAGAAGGGGAAGAGAGGAGAGGAGUGCAUUCAGUUUUCGGUGUGUCCUCCGGCGUCAUCAUGAACGUGAUGAACAAUAGUAGCGGCGACGAGGAGCAGGUCGAGUGCCCACUGUGCAUGGAACCCCUAGAAGUGGACGAUCUCAACUUCUAUCCGUGUACGUGUGGCUAUCAGAUCUGCCGGUUCUGCUGGCACAGGAUCCGCACCGACGAGAACGAGUUGUGUCCCGCGUGUCGGAAGGCGUACCCGGAGAACCCGGCCGACUUCACGCCCCUGUCGCAGGAGCAGAUCGCAGCGUUCAAGGCGGAGAAGCGACAGCGGGACCAGCAGCGGAAGGCAAAAAUCUCCGAAAACCGGAAACAUUUAGCCAACGUGCGGGUGGUGCAGAAGAACCUGGUAUUCGUCGUCGGACUGCCGCCGAGAUUGGCAGAUCCCGAAAUUCUCAAAAAGCAUGAAUACUUUGGCAAAUACGGCAAGAUUCAUAAAGUUGUUAUAAACCCUAGUACAACGUACGCAGGAGUCCAGCAGGGGCCAUCGGCGUCGGCGUACGUGACGUACAUCAACAACAAUGACGCCCUAAAGGCGAUCCAGAGCGUCAACAACAUCAUGCUCGACAAUCGGCUAAUAAAGACAAGUUUAGGCACCACGAAGUACUGUAGUCACUUCAUGAAGAACCAAACGUGUCCGAAGCCGGAUUGCAUGUAUUUGCACGAGUUGGGAGACCAGGAGGCUAGCUUUACGAAGGAGGAAAUGCACCAAGGGAAGCACCAGGAGUACGAGAAGCGGUUACACGACACGAUGCAGGCGCAGUUAGGUCUGACGUCUGCUAAUGGUGGUGGUGGACCAGCCGGAGGUACAACUGGGCCGUCCUUAAAUGGCACCACUGCCGGUGUGGGCGGCGGGGUCAUCGGCAGCAGCAACAGUACCAGUGGUGGUGUCGGCAAUGGCAACGGUAGCAGUAGCACCGGCGGCAACGGAACCGGAACCGGCACCACCACAAAUGGUAUUAUUGCGAACGGUACAGGCGGCAGUGGCAAAACAGGUGAUUCUAAACAUAUUAGCGACAUAACCAAUGGACCUAUACAAAGCAAAGAAGCUUGGCCAAGCUUAUCCACUACGCCGAUCAACGGUAGCACUCAUGGCAAUGGAGGCGGCGGUAGCAAUAAGGAGAAUAAGAUUAACGGUAAAACAGUCGGUGGCAACAAGGAGAAUGCAACUCGUAGCGACCGAAAGCAUGAGAAAUCCCGAACGAAAGGUGGCCGUAAGCAUCGGAACAGUCGGGACACGGAUCGCGAUCAUCACAACAGCAAGGAGCAUCCCGUCAGCAGCAAGGAUAGUAGUCACAGUAAACAGAAUUCCAACCGCAGUAACAGCAAAGAUAGUACAAUUCCGGUGACUAGCAGUGCCAACAGCAGGACGGUGAGCAAUUCGUCUAGUUCUACCAGUACCUCCAGUACAACGGUCAUAGGCAGCACCAAUGGCAAGGUGUCUGUCGCUGCUGUCGUUGCCGGUCUAGCCAAUGGGGAUGAAGCGAACAAAGAGGUGCAAAACAAUAGUAAAAAUCUUAAACAAACCGCCAUCAAUGGGUGUGUUAGCACAAAUGGUACAACCACUAAUGGUGGUGGAAAACUGGUCGCUGUUCAGCACAUAGUGGACGAGCUGGAUGACGACGACGAUGAGCUGGAAUUUGAGGACCUGGAUAACGACGCACUGUCGUCGGACAACGAUGGCAAAACGGAUACGCCUUCGUUGAGCAGCAGUGGUUCCUCCCAUGCUGGCGGUGAUAGUGGAAGCACACUGAGCGAAUCGCCUAGCGGUAAGAGCUCUCCUAGUGCAUUCCCUGAUCCACUGACGGCAGUGAACAAUGUGAUAACGACUGGCAGCACUACGACAGUCAGUACCUCGUCCGCAGAGGAAAGCGCCAUCACAACAAGUCCCAGCAACACGGCCAUUACCAAUGGUAUUAGUAGCAGUAGUAGCAGUUACACCACCACCUCCUCCACGCUAACCUCGGCAGGAAUUGUGUCAAGCACCGAGGAAAAGAGUACUGAACCCGUGAUAACUUCGUCAUCGUCCCUGUUCGGCAAUGGCAACGAUGAGGUCAAUCUCACCACCACGACCGUCACGACAUCGGCGGCCAACAAACAACAGCAGCAGCAGCCACACCAGCCGCCCAAUGGACUUAACAAAGUCAACAGUCUCAUUGACAACACCACUUCACGAUUCUCCAAGUUGGGCAUUUUCGAUGACAACAGCAGUUUCUUCUCUCACAGCACUUUCGAUACGUACAACUACAACAAACUGGAUGGUGUUGUGAAUGGUAAUCUGGAAAGUAACCAGUCCUCCGGUCUCACAUCCUCCCAGCUGCCGGAUCUCCUCAGCGGUACCAACGAUACCAAUGAGCAGCACACAAAGGAGAUCCUCAAGAACUUGGGUAACCUUCAGCAACAGCAGCACCAGCAGCAACAACAACAGCAGCAUCAUUUGCUGAACAAUUUGCAGUUGCAGCAACAGCUGAAUGGCCUUGGUCUUGGAAAUGGUAGUGUCGAUAGCCUUACCGGGCUCGGCACGGGCAAUACCGACGAUUGGGAGGCCGCUUUCAGCAAAUAUGUGAUACGCAACAAACUGGACGUUGAACAUCACGAGGAUCUCUUACGCAUACAGGAACUGCAGAAGCGUAACCUCAUCAACAGUGGACUGAAUGUGACACAAUUUAAUGGCUUUAAUGGUGAUUAUUCAGAUUACUUUCACAACACGAACGAACUUAACAGUAGGUUACUGAGCCAGCAGCACCAACAGCAGGCUCAUCAACGUUUACAGCAGCAACAACAGCAACAGCAGCACUCCGAGCUGAGUCACAUCUACGCGGGUAAUAUGUCGAAGUUCUUCGACUUCCACAAAAAUCAACAGCAGCAAGCGGCACAGCAGCAGAAUCCACCCUUUUUACACAAUGGACACUCGUCGCUGUCGGCAGCGGACCCGAUGAACAUCGCCAGCUUACUCGAAAACAGCCGGUUGAACUCACACUUCCUAGAUCAACACUCGAAUGGUUUGCUAGGUUCCCAACUACAGAAGCAGCGAAUGCUCAAUGGCCAGCUGAAUGCUCACAAUGUCCUGUUGAACGGGGCUAAUCCACAGCAACAGCAGCAGCAGCAGCCACCAACGCAGUCGCAGCAACAGCAGCCGAACAAUAGGCUUCACAAUCCACAGCAGCAGCAACAACAGCAACCACAGCCGCAACAGCAGUAUCCACAGCAAACGCCAAUCGUAGACGACGAUUUAGGCAAAAUUUUAGGCUUUGACCCCUUCUUCGAGACCCAGAAGGCGCUGGCUGAGCUGAUCAACGACGAGAUCAACCAGCAGCAGAUCUCGCAGAGUGCCGCAGCGGCUGCCGCAGCAGCUGCAGCAGCCAACCACAGCAAGCUGAUGGAGAACGUUCAACGGACACGGAUGCCGCCGCCUGGCUUCAACCACAUGAACGCUUUCGGUUUCGGUGUACCGAGAGCGCAAGUUUCAGGCAGCAAAAUCCUUCCGUUCAUGAACCUAACCAACAGCGCACAGCAGCAGCAGCAACAGCAACCGCAGCAAAGCAACUGGGGUCAGCAAUUACAGCAACAGCAGCAGCAGCAGCAACAACAACAGCAACAGUUUAUGGGAUUCCAGCAGAAUGAGCAAAAUCAUCUGACUUCGUCCCAGCCGCAGAACGGACACAACAAAGCAGGUUACGGCAAUAACUUCACCGACUGGACCUCGUUCGAUCCGGCCAUCGUCUCGUUUCGUCAGUUUUCGUUCAUGAACGGACCCAACCAGCCCGGGGAUAUGUUUCUAUCGGCUCAACAGAACCAACUGAAUCAGCAGAACCUCCAACAACAAGGACAAGGAUUCGGGCACCACGGCAUUAACUUGCAGUCGAGUCUGAUGAACCAACAGCAGCAGCAGCAGCAACAGCCGGGAAAUCCGCAAGCACAGGUAAAUUUCUCGCACGCGACCUCCAACUGGCUCAACAGCGAGCAGAGCGCCUACAUGAACAGCCUCGCCAACGGAUUCGGCGCUGGAACCAACUAUGACAAGUUCUCCAUCCCGAUGCCACCUGGCUUCCAGGCUGCAGCCGCGGCAGCAGCAGCAGCUGCCGCAGCCAACAAGCAGAAGGCCGAAUGCAUUAACUAAGCCAACAGCCAGCCAGUGUAGAGAAAUUCAACUGUUUCAAAACCAAACCCCCUAUCUACUUCUGUAUCCCAAAAAAUAACCCAUCGGCACCGUAUCCAACCCGGUUGACCUAGAAGAGCGCCGUCCUAACACGUGCUUUGACGACCCAGAAGGAAAGCGAGCAGCAAAGUGAAUUUCUAGUUAUUCCUAUAUUUCAACCUAUUUUUUAGUUUCUCUGUUCAUAUCUUUCUGUGAUCUUCUAAGUGUUAAGUCGCGAGGGGAGAAAACGAGAAACGGAUGUAGCCCAGCAUUUAUGAUUGAACGAGCAAAAGACAGCUUUAGAUUGUAGACGAAGACCUGUUCGGGUCUUCGCGCCAGAUAUUGUUCCAGUAAUUGAGGCUUCGAUCUCACUCUCACACUAACCAGAGGUGGUUCCGUACUAUUCUGUAAUAAGUUUAAUCCGUUCGUUUUGUUUUUUGUUUGAAUAUUUACGUAGCGAAAAAAAAGUGCCCGAUUGCAGGUGAUUCGUCGUGGAUUCGAUUCGGAACUCGGGAUCUUCCGGUUCAUCGACCGAGGUGAAUCUCUGCCAAAUUGCCUACAGCUUAAAACAAGGAAAAUAGCUUAUUUUGACCUGUCGUCCAUCCUUUCAUCAAUAACAUUCAACCACUUGAAUAGUAUUUGAUCGAAAGUAUACUGCGAUACUCACGAGAUACACAAUUUUCGACACAAAACUAAUUAGUUAACAAAUUGAAUUAAUAAAAAAUAAUCUGGUUUUAUUUAUUUCUACAUUUCGACUAGAAUUAUUUGGCUUUCUGUCUGAUAAAGAAUGCAAAAAAGAAUCGAAAAAAAGAUAUUUGACAAUGGAACUUUUAUUGAUGAGCACUGGAUUGGUUUAGUUGAUAUAGUUAUGACUUAAAUUCAGUGUAUUGAGUCGACAGAGAGCCUGGGGUCUAUAUCUCAGGCUCUUAUUCAACUGCAUUUGAAAUAGUUCGACGUUUGACACCCAAUUUUGAGCCCAAUAUUCAACAAAAAUGAACCCAAAUUUUGUCUCAAGUAUAUUGUUUAAACAAAUUAAAAAUUAAAGAUUCCAUUGUCACCAUUCGUUUGCAACUAGGAGUAUGUAGGGAGCCGUUGCAUUUCAAAGCCUUAACAUCAAAAGACGCCUUUUCUAGGUUAUAAAACAUACAAACCAACAAUUACUUACCAAAUAUCUAAUACUACUCGUAUUGGUUCACCUUUUUUCCGCUAAAAUGUUAGACCGCUAAAGUAAACUCACGCAUAUUCUCGCUAAGUAGUAAAUGGAAAAUGUCAUCAAAUUUUAGGCAUCGUCACAGAAAAUAUUAGCCAAAUUUAAUCAUCGUACACUAAACACACCACUACAAGCAGAAAUGUCUGAAACCCUUUGAACGAAAAUCUACACAAGCUGAAACAUUUACAACAAAAAAUGGCUAAACUACAUAGAGGAAACGGUUAUAUUGCUAUAUUAUUAUGAUUACAAUUAUUAUUCAUUAUCCAAAACCACAUUUAUCGAUAAAUGCCGCGAACGAAGAGAUAAUGCUGAGUCCCCCAGGGCGUAGUACUAGACCUAUAAGACACAUACCUACGCUAAAAACAAUGAUCACUGAGGGAGCGCUGCGUCACUUUGCAGCGGGAAUCGUACCUCGAAGGGCAGGGGGUUUUGGACAAACGUUAAGGAUGCGACCGCCUCCCAUCGAGAAACGAUCCCAAUGCAACCAGCGCCGCCCCCUUAAGGCAAACACAUGGUACGCAAGCUGUGCGCCAGGGCUUGGCUGCUAAGAAAAAGAAAAAGCUGACGCACAGCAAGAUACAAACAAAGUAACGUUGCCUUUUUUCGAUAUUGAGACGAAGAACGUUGAUUAUGAUGAUGAUGAAACAAAACACAAGGAGUCUGCUGUUGCUAGGAAAAAAUAAAGUGAUGAAGUGAGCAAAAAAAAUGGAAGUAAACGCUGCGUCCCAAAAGAUGCAAAGUCAGGAGAAUCUUGAAUUGAUGAUGAUGAAAGCCAAGAGAAAGGAAAGGAAAAUGGAAAAAACAUUAUAAUAUGUGAAAGACGAUAUAAACAUGAAAUCCACAAAAGGAAAUAUUAUGGACAAAAUCGUGAAACAUGAGAAUAUACUUAAAAUAUGAGCAAAAUGAA